CCAGAGCUCAACCUGGCAGGCAACUACCUGCACCGCCUGCCCGAGGAGCUCACCUCCCUGCCGCACCUCCGCGCCAUCGACCUCUCCCGCAACAGGUUUCGGCGUUUCCCCGAGCCCCUGACCGCCGUCACCGCCCUGGAAACCAUCAACCUGGAAGAAAACGAGAUCGCAGAGGUCUUAGGCCAGGCUCUGGCCGCCAUGGCAUCGCUGCGGAGCCUCAACCUGCGGGAGAACCCCGUCGGCCCCGAGGUACGGCUGCUCGUCCGGCCCCUCGUCCCCUUCGACCUGCUGCUGUCACCGGAGGAGCCCGUCCCCGAAGCCUGA